AUGGCGUUCAAGGCUACCAUCGAAUCCCCCGUCCGUCUGGCUAGGCGAUCGAUCGCGUUCGGAUUGAAGCCAGCUACGACAUCUUCAAUUUCGAUUGGGAUCUAUGCGCGGCAAUCGGGUUGGGUCCAGCCCAUCAUCCAACGUCUUUCCUCAUCAUCAUUCAUUGAUCAUGGGAAGCGUAGUGUACCUUGUUCUGCAUCUAACUCAAGAUGGUUCCACACCGCCCCCCUUAGGUCACAGUCUUUGGGUAAAAUCGAAUUGAAAAGGAUGCCCAUCGUCACCCACAGUCGUAACUCGCCAUCUCAAAGCAACGUCUACAAUCAAACCGAUAACUUUGAUUCAAGUGCUAUACCGAGCUCCAGACCAACGAUAUGGAAGCCCUUUAUGUUUUGUGCAGGCUUAACAAUACUCGGUUUUGGUACUGCUGUCUACAUGACGAACAAAGACACGUCAUCUAAAAUCGACUACGUUUUCAAGAACCAGACUACCUUCCCAAUGUGGUUUUCGAAAGUGUUCUCUACUCUGCCCGACUCCGCUGAACCUAGUGAUAUGCAGCUUCAGCAGUUAAGAAAGCUAGAGAAGCUGAACUUUAUCAAAAGUUCCGGUUUGAACCAUAUCAUACCCAAUCACAUCUUAACCUGGUAUAUCAACCUUAGCGAGGGAAAACAAAUUUGCCUUGUCUUGGCACUCGCCAAUCUACCAAUCUUUUUACUGUGGCAGCUUCCUCGCAUGACUAGCUACAUGACUUCAAAUUUCACCCAUAAUCCUUUAUCUGGUAAAAGUCACACAAUCCUUACCUCCGUGUUCAGUCAAGCAAGUGCCUUACAUUUUGGCUUCAAUAUGAUGGCCCUAUAUAGUAUUGGAUCAACGGCGCACGAUUCUCUUACUCAUCGCUUCAGAGCGUCUAGGGACUAUGACCCCGUUCGAAUACCCGAGUCCACGCCUACAUAUCACUUUUUAGCAUUUUACUUAUUUGCUGGCCUUUUUGCCGGGUUCGCAAGUCAUGCCUUUUCCUUGGUAGUGCGAGCCCCCAGACUGUUGAGAUGGCGACAAGGAACUUCAAACACCACCGUUGUUCCAACUCCUAUUUUACCGAGCUUGGGAGCGUCCGGCGCCAUCUAUGGCUGUCUUACCAUGACAGCUCUGGCAUUUCCUGAUGCACAGGUAUCUUUGAUCUUCUUGCCAUGGAUACCCAUAAAUAUAGGAGGGGCUGUUACAGGCGCAGUUUUGUUUGAUCUAAUGGGGGUGAUUAGGAACUGGAAGUUCUUCGAUCACGCUGCACAUCUUGGUGGGGCAUUUGCAGGUGUACUUUGGCACCUGGUGAUUGCCAAAUGGUUUGAUGUGGCCAGGCUGAAAUUUUGGUCACCAGAGAAGAACAGUCAUGAGAAAGACUGA